AUGGCGUGCCGCUGGACAUCGAACUCGGCCUCUCCUGGACGGCAAACAUGUCCCUUUGCCUCGUGCACUUUGCACGCGGACGGUAGCUCCAGAGUGGAUGGCUUCACCAGUCGCGACACAUCAGAGCCAGUCGUUGCCAAUGGCAUUGACCAGACCAGUCAGUGCUCGACCAUGAAGGCAGACUCAGAGCACGGCUGGGAAGUUGUCUCGUCCUCAGACAGCGAGCAGCUAACUCCUCCGGAGUCUCCCGGCCCAUGUGCGACUUGGCAAUCUCAUCUCACCGCAGCUACUGUCAAGCAUCAUAGAAGCCAUGUGUACAGCGAAACCGAGGCUGAGACCAUGCAAGACCGCAUCGUCCGCAUCACGGCUGACGAACAAGACAUAAAGUCCUUCUGGGCAAUAUCUUUCUCGAACAAGAGAUACCACGCGCUUUUGCACUUCUACACGGACGAAAUUGAGUCACUCGAGCUGGCACCUUUCGACACUUAUGACCAGGAUGCCCGAGUUGACUACUUGCUGCUUCACGGCUAUCUGAGCAGGAGACUCCGGCAAUUGAAGCUGGAGCUGAAGAGAAACGAAGAUGCUAUGCCCCUCUUGCCCUUUGCGCCUGAGCUGGUGGAACUGUGGGAACUUCGCGAGGCCGCUAAGAUUGACGAGUUGGAGCCGCAGUGGGUGGCCGGCGUGAUGCACGAUGCAACGACUAAAGUGAACAACACUGUGUCACUCGUCGCGUCCGGUAAGCUGAAAGUCAGCAAGGAAGCGGCCUACCGAGCACUCGAGAACCUCGAUCAACUUGUCGCGUACCUUGCUGAAUUCAACGGCUUCCUCAGCGGGUAUGUCCCUCUGUAUGACUGGUGGGUGAAAAGCCCGUAUUCUGCACUAGCCGAAGCUUUCCAGUCUUUGGUCCCUGUGAUUCAGACGGAACUAGCAGGCAUGCACCUAAAUGAGGAGGACGAAAUUGUCGGCGAGCCGAUUGGUAGAGAUGGCCUGCUAGUCGAGCUCGAGGCCGAGAUGAUUCCAUAUACCCCGGAGGAGCUUCUGGAAAUCGCCAACGAGAAAUACGCCUGGUGCGAGAAGGAGAUGAACAGUGUCUCUACUGACCUAGGCUACAAAGAUGAUUGGAAAGCCGCGUUACGACACGUCCAAGGUAUCUUCGUUGAGCCGGGGAAACAACCGUCGCUCGUCAGGCAACUUAUCGUCCAGGCUACUGACUAUGUCAAGCAAAAUGACCUGGUCACGGUCCCCAAGACCGCAGAAGACACCUGGCGCAUGUUCAUGAUGAGCCCCAAGGAUCAAAAGACCAAUCCAUUCUUCCUCGGUGGGCCGUCCAUCAUCGUCUCCUACCCGACCGCAUACAUGUCCCAUGAGGAUAAGUUGAUGAGCAUGCGAGGCAAUGGCCCUCACCUGAGCCACGCGACUGCAUUCCACGAGAUGAUACCUGGGCAUCACCUGCAGAUCUUUAUGGCGCAGAGGCACAAGCCGUAUCGUAACCUAUUUGAUACACCCUUCUAUGUCGAGGGCUGGGCGAUGUACUGGGAACUAGUGCUCUGGGACCGAGGAGACUUCUUCGCGUCUCCAAGGGACAAGAUCGGGACGCUGUUCUGGAGGAUGCACCGCUGCGCCCGCAUUCUCUUCAGCUUGAAGUUCCAUCUAGGCCAGCUGACGCCUCAAGACUGCAUCGACCUGCUCGUGGAUAUGGUCGGUCACGAGAGGGCCACAGCAGAAGGCGAGGUCAGGCGGUCUCUGAAUGGGAACUACAGCCCUCUCUACCAGGCUGGAUAUUUCCUCGGUGCAAUGCAGCUCCAUGCGCUGAGAAAAGAAGUAUUAAGUGCGGAGGUUCUCGGAGAAAAGGAGUUUCACGAUCGCGUAUUGAAGGCAAAUCAGAUGCCGAUCGAGCUGCUCAGAGCGUUGCUAUUGAAGAAAGACCUCAGUCGCGAUUACAAAACGAACUGGAGAUUUUACGGGAACGUUCCUGGGAAGAAAGAAGAGGAAGAGGAAGAAUCGUUGCCUAUGAGACUCAUGGGGACGUGCCGGUACUAA